GCCAUGGACUCCGGGACGGUCGCGUUAUUACAGGUGCUGUUGGCCACGGCGCUCUCGUCGUGGCACUCGGACACCGCGGUGGUCACAGCCACAGCGUUCGACGGCGGCGCCACUGGACUUUUCGGUUACCCGGACGACGAUCACGUCAUCAUCACGCAGUACGGCCCGAUGCGUUACAAACCGGUCACCGCGGACGAGAUGAACAGGCCGUACGACGGCGGCGGGCCCCGCGGCGCCGCUGGUCAUUACAAGGCCGAAGUGAUUCCGUUGGACAUUAAAACCUGGAAACCCAUGCCGGGGAACGCCGGCGGAAGUGGUGGCGGUUGGGUGGGCAGAGGAGCGGUUGGUGGAAGUGGUCGGUCGGAGGACUUUUUCGACGUGCCGCUAAGGGUCGGUUACACUGUACGGCCCGUCACGACGUCCACUCGCCGGCGCCGACACGAUUACUACCUGAUGGCCGCGGGUUACCCGUCGCAGUCCCAGCCACCGCCGUCGCCUUCCCAAUAUCUUCACAGGUAUCACCCCGGAAUACGCCUGCCGCCGCCGCCACAGCCGCCCCCCGCGGCCCUAUUGUGGAGGUACUAACCUCGGUGUGUGGGCCCCAAAACGGUAAGUUCGAGUACACGAAUAUUUUAUAUGUGUAGGGCCCGCGGUUUUCAAUGCAAAAUGCGUCUAACGGGGGUUGUUCUACCGCUAUUCAAAUACAUGAUUCGAUGUUACCUAAUUCUUAAUAGAUACUUUAAAAGUGUUUAAUUUAUAUUUUUGAUUUUUAGAACAUUUUUUUUUUUUUUAUCAUUUUUUGGCAAUUUUAUAUUCAGAGCGUAGCAAGGAAAGUAUUAGUUUUACAAUUUUUAUUUAUUUUUUUUUAUACUAUGAGCACUUUUCCACUAAAAAUCUUGCUCCGAUUUGUUAAUUGUAGCAUUUUUUCCGAAAGAAAAUUUUGUCUCUAGUUGGUAUUUUGAGGUCUUAUUUUGAUUUUUCAAGUAGUUUUCAUAAUGUAAAACUGGAGAAAAACGUAGAAAAAAUGAGAAAAUCUACGUACAUGUUUAAAAGAAGCUUCGCUCCGAAUUGUUUUUCGUUAUAAAUGGUUUAUCGUCGUGUACAGAUUUAAAUUGAAUUCCCCUCUAUAUCUUACCUUCCCGACUUUUCAUCUACAACAGUAGCCCACCCAUCGUGCGAAGUGUGUCCGUCUCUUCUGUUCGUUCAAAGUGCAUAUUUAUAUAUUUUACGAACUAAUUGUCUAAACUUAGGUAAGUAAUUCUAAAUAUUACUCUGGGAAAUUUGGUUUUCGUGAAAUUCGCUUUGAUAUGUUUUGAAUGUUUUCAAUAUAGAAUUUAUUGUCUUAAGCCCGGGCUCAAUCAAAAAACCAAUAAAAAAGUGGUCUAUUUAAGUAUUAAAGUAGUGAUAAGUGUAUGUAAGUAGUAUUUCGCAUAUUAUCCUGUAUUCAAUUUUUAAAUAAUUGUUUAGCAUUUUUGGCUAUUUUUAGAUACUUUUAUAGUUGGUAACAAUAAUACACGUAAAUUCUAUAUAGUAACCUAAUAGUUACUAUGAUUAUUUUUUCUAUUUGAAAAUUUGUAGGUACACGUGUAAGUAAAAAUAAAUAUAAUAGCUGGAAUGCUGCAUAUUUUAUCGAGAAACUAAGUUUUUCCGAAUAUUUGAUGUACAUAGUACAUUUGAAAAAUUAUUGGUCCUUAAUUAUGUUUUUAUAUUCAGACUACUAAGCCUUGUUUUAUUUUUAACUCUUUUUUGUUAUUUUAUUCGGAAAGUGGUGAAGAAGUCAUUAGAUUUACUAAGGUGUGGUUUUUUUUUUUAUUUUUUAUUCAAAAUUGCUCUUAAUAUUGUUCUCGUUGUUCGUUUUACCUUAAAAUGGAUGCGGAUUUUUCGGCCAACUGUAAUGCUUCAUUUAAAACAUUUUUUUCAAGAUUUCUUAUGGUUUUUUUCAGAAAGAAAAAAAAAAUAAACUGGAAAAAAACUGGUGAUUUUAUUUUUGUCGAUUUUUGGAUUAUCUCGUGCAGGCUACGAGGAAAAAUUAUCGUUACCUUACCAAUCAACUGGAAUACCGUUCCGCAACGUUUUUUUCAUUUUGACGAUUUAUUAUUUCUUUCGGUACGACACGCAUCUCAUUCUUUUCCAACUUCCCAUCUACAACAGUACAGACCUACACACGAUGCAAUGUAUGCACCGCUUUUUAACAUUAUUAUUGAAAGUAAUCCAUAGAUUAUAUAGAUUAUAAGUCGAUAGUUAUAGCUGGCUAAUCCUGAGAUAUAUACAGCGUUCAUCACAAUCGGAAUGACGUGUCUGUUUUAAAAUCAAUUUAUCUAGGAAACGCACGUAUCAAAAACAUAAUAUAAUAUGAUAUUAGGUAUGAGAAUCUAAAUUAUUAUAACACGGUGUUUUUUUUCAUGCGGAUUUUCCCUUUCUUUACAUUAUUAUUUUCAAUUACAUAUAAUUCGACUUUGAAAAAACGAUUCGGAUUUUUUUUUCACCGACAAAUAAAUUAUAAAGUGGCACACGUGGUUGAAAGUUGAUAAGAAAUUAAUAUAUUAUUAACAGUUAAUAAAUGACACAUUUCACGUUUAAAUGUAUUAUUUCGUACACUUAUUUUAAAUUUUGUUUAUCAUUAUUUCAAGUUUGUUCGACAUACCUACAGUUUUCGUACUUGUGUAGAAUAUAAAAUAAAUCUGGACAUUUUAUAAUAUUUACGGUAAAUGUUUGAUAACUGUUUUUUUGGUUUUCCAUAUAAAAAUUCAUUGUCUAGCUAGGCAUUAAUAGCGUAUUUAUAGAGGAAGGAUACUGGUUUUCAACCGGUUAAAUAUUCAGUGUGAUUAAAGGCAAGGUAUUUUUGGGAUAAAAACAUUAGCACACGGAGAAACUGAUUAUUGAUGGAUUAGAGUUAGUUAUAAUUCGGUUAUUACACGAUUAGAAUUUUAUAUAGACAUUAUAGGUACUAAACAUUUUGUUUAUAUAUUAGAUUCUAAGAGUGUAGGGACGACAAGAGAUCGAUAUUGUUUUGUUUUUUUUUUUUUUUAAUUUUUUUUUUAUUAAAUUCACGAAUAUUGUAGUACCAAAAAGAUUGAAUAAUAUUUUUUAAAAUACAAAUUUAAAAAUAGACUGACUAUAUAUAACGUGGUGAAAAACUGUUGGCUGAUAAUGAUAAGAUCUGAACAAAAACUCAUUUAGUGAUUCAACACAAAAUCCACGUUGUCACAGUAAGUGUUGAAGGGGAUAUGUUCUGGACUUGUCCCUUUUUUACAAUAAUCACUUAUACAUUAGCUGUUUAUAUUUCUAUAACGAUUCAAAUACAAAUAAAUACAAAAUAAGUAUAAACCCCGUAACGAUUCAUAAUAUUUUACUUAUUCCUAAUGAUAAUAUAAAACCAUAUAGGUUAUUUUAUAAUACUUAAAAUAUAACAACUACCUAAUAAUAAUAUAUUUUAUUAACGUAACGAAUUUAUGCGAACUCCACUAUAACAUUAAGGAAAACAAGGUUACGGGGGGAGGGGCAUGCAUCCCCCUAGCUACGCUACUGGAAUCACAGACAAAGAUAGUUCUAAGAUAGAUCUAAAGUAGUUUUCAUAAUAAUUAGGAAAAACCAAGGAGUUAAAUUCCAUCAAUAUAUUUACACCAACUGAACCGGGACGAUUAAUUAUUUUAAUUUUUGUAAACGAUGUUUUUUACCAUAAAUCUUAUGCUUCAAUCGAAGAAUGACCAAUAAUCUAUUUUUUUCUAUUUAAUAUCUAGCCGCUUAUAGAGAAGGUAAUUUUUUGGUUUUCAAAAAGACGUAAAAGGACGUAAAAACUUUUUUUUCAUACUUUGAAUUUAGUGAGUAAGAGUAAUUUAGUUAGUGGCAUUUAAAUUUUCCGUGUAGUUGUCUUAAUAAUUGAGCAAAAAACAAAAAAUGUAGAAUGAAUGAGAAAGUUUACGAAAACAAUGUAUCCAUUAUGUUCAAUUAUGUUUUUUGUAGUAAUUCAGUUAAAAACAUUCGUAGAAACUUGAAAUCUUAACAGAACUUUAACUAAAGUGGCAUUUUGUUGACGUGGUCAAAUGUUCACAAUAUUCUGAUUUUGAGCUAUUUAUAGAAUUUUACAUUUUCAAGUUUAGUUUUUAUUUUGUAGGUUCUACUAUUGUUUGAAAUGUUUUUUAAUGGUGUUAAAAUAUGUUUUAAGAUUUAAUUUUUACGUGAAUUGUGAAAAUUCCAGCAAUUCAAAAUAUGUAUAAGCGAACUUUCCUUUGAAUUGUUUUUUGUUAGCCAUGGCUUAUCGUCAAUUAAAGAUAUAAAUUAAAUGAGUUUAUGUAUCCUACCUUCCCAACUUUUCAUCUACAUCAUUGGUGCACCCAUCAGCAUCAGCUCUUUUAUUUUUUAUUAUUUUUAGAAAAAUCGUCUGUUUGUUGACACAAUAUAGUUUUAUUGUGCUGCAAUCGUUUUAAAAUGUAUGAAUCGAAUUCGAUUUCACCCCCGUGAAAAUGUUCGCGUUCGUAUCAAUGUUUAACGUGACAAUGAUUACGACAUGAAUUAUUAUAGAAAUUAGAAAUUUAAAAUGCAGUCGGUCACAAUAGUAUAUAAUAAUUUGAGCGAUCUAAAUAAGAUUAAUCUAUUAUAUUAUUGGAUAGUUUCAACGCGGACAUUAAAAAUGUUUUAUCGAGCCAUAAAUGAUUUCACUAUAUAAUAUUUUGUAUAACGACACGUCCAUAGAUAUACAUUGUAUAUAGUAUUACAUCAGUGAAAUAUUACAAUCGUAUUAUCAUUAUAAUAUAUUUAAUCAUUGUUUGGAACUUUGAAAUAGACACGUAAUUCGAAGUGUAUUAAAAAUACAUAAUAGUAUAACGCGGAGUGAAAACACUUUGCCCGAGGGUUAGAUAUUAACAGGGAGUAUUAUCACAAUAAUAUUAUUAUUGUUAUUGUUAUUUUUUAAUCAUUCGUAAGCAUAGUAGUACCUAGUUACAAUUUAAAUAGCAGGUGUGCAGUUUUCUGAAACUAGGUGAUAAUAAUAAUGUUUUGUUUUUUAUUCACAUAGGUUAAUCUUGAUAUAUAUUUAUAUUUUCGCACUUUAAGCCAAAGAGUAUUGAGAACAAAAUACAAAUAUUUAGGGAACACGAAAUCAUUUGGAGAGAUUAUGAAAAAAUUGACUUAUUACCAAACUUAAAGAUAAGAACCUUUUCUGUGCAACGCUGGUGCUUUUUUUUUGAUUUUUAAUUUUUAAGACAAAUAGGAGUAUGGGAAAUAUGAAAAUUCAAUACUAUUUAUAGCUCUCUUUUAAAUUAAAAUAUCUAAAAAAAUAACGCAAACUUUGCAUAGAUAAUGUUCUUAUAAUUAAGUUUAAUGGUAAGUCAAUUCAUCUUAGUAUUAAAACUAAUAGUACAAAGUUGUUUCAGCUGUACGCAAAUUUGAAAUGUUAUACAUUUGCAAGACGAAGAUAAUACAUACAUGCGGGUGUUACGUCUUUUUAAUGAAUUCAAAUGGUAGCACAUUAUGUUCAAUUUAGGGUGGUCCUUUUUCUUAAGUUUUAAAAUUUGAUGCUCGAACCCUAAAAAUUUGUUCUAAUGCAUAAUAUAAAAGGAUGGACAUACUUCGUACGAUGGGUGCAGACACAAUUUGUAUCUGUAGGCAAUAAUAAUCCAUUGCUUAAUAAAAAAGAUUCUCAGCGGGGUUUAGUUAAUAAUGAUGGUUUGUUAACAAUAUUUAUGUCAUAUUAUGGUAAAAUUAUUAAAUUGUAUAAUAUAUUUUCUUUAAUAAUAUUUAUUUAAUAUUGUACCGAUUUUCCUGGUUUUUCACAUUUGCUGGGAAAAAUUUCGGGAAAAUCGAAAAAUGAUUCCCUAAAGUACCUUCCCAGGGAAAUUUAAUUUCAUAAAAAGUGCUUUCAUUGUAAAUCGGAGCAAAAUUGCUAGUAGGAAAAUUGUUCACAGAAAAAAAAAAUCUUAGUAUUUUACUAAUACAUUUCGUACAUUUUCCCGUUUUUUCUCAUUUUUUCCAUUAUAUAGGAAAACUACCGGAAAAAUCAAAAAAUGACCUUCUUAAAGUAUCACCACAAAAAAUUUUCUAUUCGAAAAGGGUCUAUAUCGUAUAUAUUGGAGUAAGCUUGCUGAUAGAAAAAGUGUUCGCAUAAAAAAAAGAAAAAGAAAAGAAAUAAAUAUCUUUGUAAAACCAAUACAUUCUUCGCUACAUUCAGAAUCUAAAAUAAGGUGUGUAGAAUUCUUUUAUGAUUGUUCAACCCUAAAACGUCCCCCAAAGGAGUUUGAUGGUUUCCAAAAUAGUCAAAAUUGUUAUCAGUAUUCUCAGAAUAGUAAUUCUAUAAUGAUUCAUAUUUGUUUAACAAUAAUAAAAAAAUAUUAUUGGUUUGAAAAUGCUGUGAACCAGGUGAAAAAUAUUUUAAUUAAUUACUAACUGUAUUCCGUGCUCAAUGAUCAAUUGAAUAAAUCAACUAACAAACAAUCAAUAGUAAAUAUAAACAGAACUAUAAGCAAGUAAUAUUAAAAUGUUGCUAUGUCAAACUGUAAAAUUAAAAAAAUGAAACUAAUAAUAUACUCUUAAUGAAGUAUCAGUUAAAUAAACUUGCCUACCCGUUACCAAUGUCGCUGUGUUGUGUACUUUGUUAACAGCAUUUAAUACAGUAAACGUCAAAAGGACGACAAUUAUAUUAUACCACGUUCUAUCAUGUACAACUUUAACAUACUUUCACAGCUUACUGCGAAACGUGAAAUAUUCUAGAACUUUGAUUGGUUGAACCGUGUGACUAUUAUGUAGUGGUUUACCAGUAGUUAAUCAUCAAUUUUGAUUUUAAUACCUUCCCUAUAAAGCUUACACCGGAAAGUUGAGUUCAAUCCUAGCCAGACCGUGUGUUCAUCAUGGUUUAAUGAUAAUGGUUCAACUAUUUUAAAUUGUAUCAAUCAUACGAUGAACAAAUUGUAAAUUAUCACGUUUCACGGUGAGCUGUGAAGGACACCUUUAGCUUAAGAAGUCUGUAAAAAGGCGACGAAACGAAACACAUUAAUUACUGAAUUAUUUGUUAAAUAUUAGUAGAUAAUAUACAUAAUUAGUAUGUAUGUAUAAUAUUAUAUAGUAUAAUUAAAGCAAAAACUAUUAAAAAACACCAAAUAAAAACGAAGAUAUCAAUGAAAAGUCGAAAUCCAUGUCGAGAGAAAUUAGGUUUCAUGGACAGUUUUAACGCAUUAAACACUUUUGACGGGAAACGGGUCUGGUAAAAAUCCUUUAAAGUCGUAAAUUUAUUGGGAAAGAGCUAGAAGCUGUUAUUUUCUGUGAAAACGGCCGGGGUAAUAAAAAAAAAAACUUGGUGGAACUGGAAGAAGAAAUAAUCAAAUUGGCGUUUUAUUAUUAAGGAAUCUACGGUAGGUUUUUUUUUUAUUGGAUUACUUUUAAGAGGUUUUUGAAUAAAAUGCGAAUAAAAGUACAUAUUUCAUUAGCAGAUUCAAUAUUGUGUAGCUGCCUGAAGAGAUAUCUAUAAUAUAAAGCAACAAAUAAUUUAUAUACUUAUACCCCUAUACUCUUCGUUCCUGUAGCUUUCUAGGAAAAUUGGAUUCUCGCACAACCUACUUAUUUUAUUAAUAUAGAUACAAUUUAUUCACCGCUUUGACUAAUAUUCAGAUUUAAUUUUGUUAUUAUUAUGUUCGUGUUUAGGUUACUCGAGGGUAAGACUACGUGGGUAGCCACCUCAGACGAGGACGAGGAGGAGACAAAGGAAUUACGAGCAUCGUGUGAACAUACCAUCAUCAUCGUGUUAAUUUUAUGCAGACAAAAUCCCUUUAAAUUUGUUAUGAUAGUAAUAAUAAUAUAUGUAUAACACCUCACCGAAGCGAAUGUUACGCGGUAAAUUAUUUUUUUCUACUUUUUUUUUUCAAGAUUUUAUAUCGUUGUUCUGGUUUUUUAAUAAUUAAAAAUUUGUUUUAUGAAACAAACCGCAAUUCUUUUUUUUUUUUAUAACAUGUUUAACGA